AUGAACGCCAGGACAUACAAAAGAAGACCUUCACAAAAUGGAUUAAUUCACAUUUGCUUAAAGCCCAGUGCACACCAGUGAUCGAUUUGUUUGAGGAUUUACGCGAUGGCCAUCGUUUGUUGGCAUUGCUUAGUAUACUCACUCAAUCACAGAUGAAACCUGAGAGGGGUCGCAUGCGCGUACAUCACAUCAACAACAUUAACAAAGUUAUCCAAGUGAUACAGGAGCAUGGCGUCAAGUUGGUGAAUAUUUCUAGCGAUGACAUAGUCGCUGGCAAUCCGAAAUUGACGCUUGGCCUGAUCUGGCUCAUUGCGCUUGAGUUCAAUGGCCAAAAUCUAGUCAAGAGCCAGUCGAGCAAUGGCGUCGAGAAAUCGUUGCUUGCGUGGGCGCGUCAAUUUGCCGAACCAUAUGGAUUGCAGCUGCAUGACUUUUCCACCAGUUGGGCUGACGGACGCGCCUUUCUCAUUAUACUCAACGCGCAUCUUGACGAUAUCGACUUGAGCGCGGCGCUGACGAAACAUCCUUUGGCGCGACUCAAGACCGCUUUCGAUUUGGCGCACAAGUACUUUAAGAUUGAGAAGCUGCUCGAUCCGGAGGAUGUACACACGCACAAGCCCGACAAUAAAUCCAUACAAAUGUAUGUGAUGUGCUUGUAUCAUGCCAUGGAGUCGUUACGCAAUCGCGAACGCAGUGAUAGCGCGGGUGAAGCGGUGCUGUUCGACGAGAAGGCGCAGGAAGCGCUGCCACCGCGCGCGCCACACAGAAACAUCACAGAUCUCGAUGAGGUACCGUUGGAUAGCGCAGAAGAGGUGUUCUCUGACCUGAGCAGCACGCCAGUGAGCAGCUCAGACCCAGUGAAGUCGCCCAAGCAUAGCAGCGAUACAAUACGCAGCAUUAUGGACAUCGUUAUGGAUGAGAGCAAACCGCCGCCUUUGGAUUUCUUGCGCAUGUCGCAUGAUAAGUCGCGGCCCAUAAGCACGGCGACAAAUGCAUCGAUUGAGAUUACUAGCUAUCAGGCAGCACUGGAGGCGGUGCUCACGCUGCUGCUAGAAGACGAGCAGAUACUCUCACGUGAGUUGCCUGAGCCCAACGAUUUUCAGAGCGCCAAGUUGCAGUUCCAUGAGAAUGAACAUUUCAUGUUGAAACUCACCGAACAUCAGCAGUAUGUGGGAGAAGCGCUCGAAGAGGGCUCCAACUUGAUUAACGAAUCGCAAAAAACUUCGGGUCUUACGACCGAAGAUCAAAAUGAAAUACGCCAGCAAAUGGUGCUGCUACAAGAUCUAAAGACAAUGGAGAGUAAGGACGUCACCGAUCUGGGUGGCAUUACGAAGCGCAUGAAUGACCUGAACUAUUGCGCCAAGGACUUGUUAGAGUUGGAGCGCUACCUAGUGGACUUGCGGCAAAUGGUGGCUGCUUCGCUGCAGGAAGGCGAUGAUCAGGGUGAGCGCGUGCUGGUGCAGUUGGAGAGUUUCGAAGAUCGCUUGGACGCGCUAAAACAGAUAGUUGAAGUACAGACUGAUCGUAUCGAAGCUAAGGGUUUCAAGUUCGGGCGCGAUCGUGCGUCAUAUGACGAUAGUCGCGUGGUGCGCCCAGAUGGCUGGGUAGACUUUCAGAUGCUCAUAAAAUUUGGUGAGGAAAGGGAUGAGAUGAACGAGGAGAAUACGAAAGCCGGACAAGAGGAUGAAGAACCGCAAACGACCGCCUACCAAGAAGCGUCACCGGAGGGCAAUAAGAAGCGUAAGCUGCGCAGCUCCGAUAAUUUUUAUUUGCUCACCGGGCGCAUAAUGGAGACAUUUAACUUCCUCGACGACUGCGAAGAUCGCCUGCAGAGCGUGCAUCGUCAGAGCUUGCGCAACCAAAGCGAAAUGCUAAUAACGCUGGAGAAAGAGGUCGCAAAGCGCGUGCCACUAACCAGCGAGCUGAAGCAGCUAUUUGAGGUGUGCGAACAGGAAGAUCUGAAGCGGAAUUUAAUUAUGGAGGCCACGCAGAUAAAACAGAUUGACGAGCGCUUUACGGAGCUCAUCAAACGCAUCGUCGAGCAGAAAUCCGAGACAGCACAAAUAAUAGCCAAGGAGAAGUUCUACAACAGCUUGACUGGCUUCAAGUUAGUGCUUGCUGAUUCACGAGACUGGUACAAGCAGCACUCGCUGUCAGCGAGCAAGUCCGACUUAGAGCAACGCUUGAGUCACAUGGAAUCGCUGUCAAGCGAAAUAGCCGACGCAAAGGAGAUUACCGCCACGCUGAGUGAUGACUUGCAUGAAUGGAAGCAGGAUUUCAACAUAUUUUACGACAGUUGGAGCGACAUGAAGCGCGCAAUCAUCACACUCAUACAAGAGAAGGGUGGACUGGACGAAGUCAAUGAGCGCCUGCAACGUUUGGAGGACUUCAUAGCGAAGGUGGCGGGUGUAAAAGUGGUCGUCACUGACUUGACGCCCAUGCAGCAGCAACAGAAGCAAUUGAACGCGCUUGUCGAUGAAUUGGAAAAGUUGAAAGCGGACUACCAGUAUGUCUGCCAACGCCGCCCCGAUGCAAUGGGCACCGAGUUCGAGGAGAACUGGGCGAAAAUACCGGAACAGCUGAACGAGCGCGUAAUAAAGCAAACGACGGCGAUUGAGAAUCUCAACCAUUUCAAUGCCGAGUAUAAUGCCAUAUUGAAUGUGCUGCGCAAGCUGGAGGCGAAGUUCAAGCGGGACGAUGCUGAAAACACAGAGCAGCCGCUGAAUGGGCAAGCGACAGUAGGCGAUAGCAAUCGGUUGAAUAUGGAACUGCGUAAGAUCGAAAUUGAUGUGAUAAGCGCACGCAACUUCAGCGAGAUACUCAUCAAGGACGCAGAGUCGGCGCAUCGUGAGCACUUGCUCGCGCAAAUUAAGGAACUGAAUGAGUUCUUUACAAAGGUGCAAGAGCUGCAUAAAGGACAGGCGCUGAAACGCACGCAAGUGCUGGACAAAGCCGAAGAAGUGUUCAAAAGUCUGGCUAAGACGGAAGUGUGGCUAAACGAACUCGAGCAAAAUACGCCGAAGACGAAGAUCUCUGAGAUUAACAAUUCAAAUGAACUCUUCCAAAUCAAAAGUAAGUUCCAAACACUCAAGGAAACCUGCGAACGUGAGUCGGUGAGUUUCCGCGAGUUGAACGAAGUUGGCGGCGAGCUGCUGCUGCAAAUGGACGAAUUGAAAACAACGGGCGAAGAAGUGGACAGCAAAUAUGCGCAGCUGCCGAAGAAGUUUACGCGGUUGAGCGCGCGCUGGACGGAGGUCACUUCGCUGGUGUAUGCGAAAACAGCGCUACUCGAGCAUAUCUCCACGCAGCUGGGUGAGUUCAAGAAGUUUAUGGUCUCCGAAUCGGGUUAUCUGGAUCGACUGGAGAAUAAGAUUGGCAGCACGCCGGAGAACGCGGACGCUGAGGAGAUCAUUGAGGAAUUGGAUGAUCUCGAAAACGUGCUGCGUGCGCACUCCGACGAGUGGGUGGAGAAAAUUCAAGAAAUUGGCAACGAGCUAAUUGAAAAUGAAUUUAUGGCGGAUUCGAUACGCGCCGAAAUCGAUGGUAUUGUGGAACGUUGGACUAAGCUGCAACAGCGUGCCAAACAACGCACCGAAAUACUGGAGAAGGAGGUGAGCGAGGCUGAACAAUCCGAGAAAUGCAUGGUGCAAUUCGAAGCGUGGCUGACGCGCGUCGAUGAGAUACUCACCGAACAUCUGGAGAAUGAUGUGACCAUUGAGGAUCUGCCGGAUGAUUUUCAGCGCUUAGUAAAAGAAUUCGAAUCGAACAAGCAGUGCUUCCAAGAAAUUGACGAACUCAUUGCUGAACACACACGCAAUGGCAAAAUUGAGGCAGCCAAUCGUUUACAGGAGAAGCUGAACCUAAUGGAGUUGCGCUUCAAGUCGUGUCAACUGAAGCUGAAUAAGUGUACAGCUCCGCAACCGGCGUACGAGUCACGCUUGAAUCGCGCUGUGGCUGAGUUGCGUGCUGUCGAACAUUCCACAUUGGUUUUGGACGUAGCUUCGGCUGGGCCCAGCACCGUACAGGCGCAGUAUCAGAAAUGUGUGCAAAUCUAUCGCACACUAUCCGAAAUUAAACCAGAGAUCGAGAGCACUAUCAAAACGGGUCGCAAAGUUUGCGAAGAUAAAUUUACGCGCUCGCCCAAACAACUUAGUCAACGCAUCGACGCACUUAAACAUCUCUACAAUGCGCUUGGCGAGAAUGUCACACAAUCGAAAGUGUUCCUCGAGACGCUACUCAAAUUGGCACACCAGCUGGAUGAAUACUUCGAUCUUGCUGAUCAGCUUAUAAGGCGCUUCGAAUCGCUACAAGAGAAGCAAGAUCGCAAUUCUUGUUUCUUGGAAUACGAAGAUCUGCUGCAACGUUGUGAGGAAUUAUAUGAGGAAUAUAGCAAAUCCUGUGAUCAAUCAUGCAUGGAGGAUACGCGACAGAAGAUUGAUGAACUCAAGACGAUCUACAUGAAAUUGACUAGCGCCGAUGUUAUUAAACGCUUAACAGAAAUGAAGUCAACUUUGCAGAAUUUGGAUAACAUAUCGGCAGAGACAUUGAAAGCCAUGGAACAUGAGCUGAAACAGAUAAAUACGCCUUCAAAUCCGGAUAUAGAGAAGCUGCAGCAACAAGUAAUCGCCAUUGUGGUGGACGCUAUAAAAACGCGUUUUAAUGAAAAUUCCGAGUUGACAAAGCUCCUUGCGACACCAACUUUGACUAAAACUGCACCAACACCGCAAACUGUUGAAAACGGCGAUACCGAUGUAGAAAUAGUUGUUGUUAGCGAUACUGUGCGUCAAAGACGUGCACGCACACCAGGUGGAAAUGACUCACAGAACGUUGGCGACACACCAACAAAGCCCGAUAAAUCCCAGACAAGUCAGACACCAGUGGAAGUGCAGCAACCAAAUGAUUCGCCUUCAACCACAGCCGAUCAAGCCAUUGUCACUCAAGUGCUACCCGAUGUUCUGCCUCCACAAACCUUCCGUCUAGCUGAAUCUAGCACUCUAUUUUCGCACAUAUCAACCUCAACACCAAUUGAAACUACAGAGAGCGUACCCGCAAAACCGCCUAAACGCAGAAGUCGCAAGGGCGAACAGCACGCCAGGGUGGUGGAGAUACGCGAGCGUAAUUUGCCACAUGAUAAAAUGUCUGUGCAAAAUAUUGAUUUUGAGCCGCAAGUUGGUGAGAUUGUCGACACGGUGAAUAUUUUGGAGAGUGUGGAACCAUUCGUGCCGGAAUACGUGGAAACGGUGCAAAUUGUCGAUCUCUCUGAAGAUUCGGACUCAUCGAUGCGCAUUGAUGCCGAUGGCAAAGAGGUGCAGCGUAGCAAAAGUAAACGCUCGCUCUGCGAAUCGCCUAUACCGCAACCACCACACUCACCGCUAUCACCAGAUGACGUGGAGUUGCGUAAUACACAGCCACUCAAUGCAAGCACACCUUUCUUGCGGGUGGAGAAGCAGCGUAUUUCAUUCGAUGAGAAACGUAAGCGUAUCGAAAGUGAGCGUGAUAUACUACGUGACUCAGAGGAGGAUGAAGAUGAGCUACCGGCGAAAGGAGAUGAAGCUUCAAGUGCAACGCAUACGCCACCGAAACAACCAAAGCGUUGGCGUCAACUUACACUCACACUGGACGACGGGCUGUCACCUAAAAAAGCCAAGUCUCGUGAUGGAACAGAGCAGCCAUGUGCAGUGGAGUCUCCAGUACGCGACAGUUUUUAUGGUGCCGAUAAAGAUGCAAGUUACGACUUGGAACCAUUGGUAUUCUCCGAUGAUGAAGACAUACCGAGAUUCUCAUUAGAAAUGACACCAACAUUUGAUUCCGAUAGUGAUACGAGUCGCAUUGAGACGCCCGGCACUAAAAAACCCAACUUCUUAGAUAGCAAAGUCCUCCCCUCAGCUACGUCAAUGGAUGAUUCGAACAUUACCUUAAAGAGUCCUUACUCAGAGAGUCCUUUGAGCUUCCGCGAUAGUGCACCGCUAGAUCAACGCGUCCAAACGUUCGAUAAAAUGGCUAAGUACAUGAUACGAAAGAUGGAGGCGACGAAGGAGAAGAUUCAAAAGUGCGAUGAGGGCGAAAGCGCCAUUGAGGACUUGAAACUCUUGAUUGCGCCCGAUGCCGCCACCUUGAUUUCUCAAGGCGAUUCUUUGGUGCUAGAGACUCACGGCAAACAGGGAAAUCUAUCCCGUUUAGUUAUGAAAACACAGAUCAUAUUACGAGAGAAAUUCCGUGAGGUGCAGCAAGCCAAAUCCAAAGUACCUGGCGUGCCGCAACACACCGAUGACAACAAUACGCCCAGUCCACGUUCUACACUUGAAAAGCUUAACAUCGAUCUAGAAGAACUCGUCACGAAAGGUCUCAAACGCAUAAACGAUCUAAUUGAGAAGCCAUACGAUAAGAAAUCUAUUGAGGCCCUAGAGCGCCGCCUUGAGGAAAUUAGCGAUCGUCGCGACGAUUUGAAACUUAUUGUCAAUAAAAUUGGCAAAAGUGUGGAGAGACCCAAGAUAACAGCCACAAUGAUGAGUGAAAUUGAAAAGUCCAAAAACAAUCUCCAGUCGCACGCUGACACUGUGGAGCUUUCUCUUACCGAAUUAAAACAGCUUAAUAAGCUGUCAGCUAGAAAUGGCGAUGAUAAAGAUUACAACGACGAACCAAGCGGCACCGGUGCAUUGGCUGGUAGUUUUGAUAAAUCCGUACUUCAAAUAUCAGAUUGGUUGACGUGGGAACAAAAUAUGAUAAAAAUACAAAGUGUUGCCGUCGAUGAUGUGGAUGCGGUGCGCAUGGCCAUCGAAAAGCAAGAGAAAGUUUUACGUGAAUUGAAAAUGAAAAAGCCGCAACUCAAUGAAUUGGUUCACACGGCUGAGGUGCUUAAGGGCGACGUAAAGCGGCAACAGUUGCAGGAGAAAGUUACACGCUUACGUGAGCACUGGGAUGAGACCUCACAGUGUGUGCUGCAACGCGCCGCCCAAUUGAAGAAUAUGCUCGGCGAUUCACAGCGCUAUGAAACAAAGCGCUUGGAGUUGGAAAAAUGGCUGGCCCGCAUGGAGGCACGUGCCGAGCGCAUGGGCAACGUUGCCACCACGGCUGAUGUCUUGGAAGCGCAGCAAAAGGAGCAAAAGUCUUUCCACGCCGAGCUGCAUCAGAAUAAACAACAAUUUGAACUUUUCAAUGCUUUGACGCAAAAGUUGAUUGCCGUUUAUCCAUCGGAUGAUACUACGCGUAUCAAAAAGAUGACAGAGGCCAUUAAUCAGCGUUAUUCAAAUUUAAAUAAUGGCGUCGUCAAUCGCGGCAAGCAGCUUCAUGCCGCCGUACAUAGUCUUCAGUCAUUCGAUCGUGCUAUGGAUCAAUUUCUCGCUUUUCUCUCCGAAUCAGAAUCACUUUGUGAGAGCGCCGAGGCUGAAAUUGAUCGCAAUCCACUAAUGUUCAAGGAUUUACAAUCGGAAAUUGAAACGCAUCGCGUCGUUUAUGAUCGUCUCGAUGGCACCGGCCGCAAGCUGUUGGGUUCACUCACCUCGCAAGAGGAUGCGGUGAUGUUGCAGCGUCGACUGGAUGAAAUGAAUCAGCGUUGGAAUAAUUUGAAGUCGAAGAGCAUCGCCAUCAGAAAUCGCUUGGAGUCGAAUUCGGAACAUUGGAAUGCGUUGUUGUUGUCACUACGCGAACUCACCGAAUGGGUUAUACGCAAAGAUACCGAACAAUCGUCGCUGAGCGUUGGUCCGCUGAUGGGCGAUGCUGCGAGUCUGCAAAAACAAUUGGAUGAUCAUAAAGCCUUUCGACGUCAACUGGAGGACAAACGUCCCAUUGUCGAAAGCAAUUUAUUGAGUGGACGUCAGUAUAUUACAAGUGAGCCGCCAGUAUCGGACAACAGUGAUACGGAAGCACACGACACCGAUUCCCGUUACCUAAGCGCUGAGGAACAAAGCCGCGAGCUAACGCGCAGCAUUCGCCGUGAAGUCGUCAAACUCUCCGAGCAAUGGAACAAUCUAAUUGAUCGCUCUGACAAUUGGAAGCAUCGCCUGGAUGAAUAUAUGACGGGUGCAUGCGGAACACGGCUGCUACAAGGUAGUGGAUCCGAGUCGAUGUUCGCUUCAGGUAUGGAGCGCACGUCCAAAAUGUUCGAAGCGUAUCUCCCAUCACAACAUGAUCAACUAGGUUCUUCGUUCUUUGAUCAGAGCACAGCCAAGUGCCUUUGUGGGUGA